AAUAUAUUGUUGUCACAGCCUUGCUUUCUCAGCAUCAAAUUGACACCAUCAGCCUACCCAAACUGCGAAAAAAUGGGAGAAGACCAUUUCAGGCAAAUAGACAAUCUGUCGCGUCCAGAGACCGCUAUUUUUAGUGUUGUACGAACGACUGCCACCUUCGAACAGGAUAACAUAAAUGAGCUAAUGAUUAGUCAACAUGGCGAGCAGAUAAAAUCUUUGAAGGAGAAAAUCGAAGAGAAGAAUGAGGAGAUAUCGCGUUUAGAGAAAGCCAUGAAAGAACUGGAGGACAAAAACAAAAAGUUGGAUAUUGCCUUGAAAACCAGAAUCGAAGAGAUUACAAAGCUGAAGUCUCGAAUCCACAAACUGGAAACUGAGAAGAAAGGGUUAGAAGACAAGCUUAGAAAUGUCGAGGGAAAGCUUGACCGCGUCGAGAAGGAAGUAGAAGAGCUUGAAAAAGCCAACGUGGCCCACGAAGAAGAAAACGCCAGUUUAAAGGAGCAUUUGGAAAUAAUAUCUGGUGAAGUGGAAAGCGUAAAGCAAGAUCUAGAGAAUAGCAGGCGUGAAAAUCACAAUUUGAAGAAAGAGGUAAAAGACCUUCAAGAUACGCAUCAAAAGCUAUUUUCGUUUGGUGUCAGAGAAGGCAGGCCAAUGUUGGCUCCUCCGCAACCAGAUCUACAAGCUUCUCUUCGCCUGGGCGAGUUGAGUCGGCAACUUCAAGCUAAGAUGUACGCGUAUGUCCUUCCACAGUUGUACACACCAAUUGCUAAUUACAAAGUAAAGACCAUUCGUCGCGACUUGGAAAGACUGCCGAAGACGGAGGAAGAAAAGGAAACAGCAAGGCAGAAAUGGGCUGAACUACAGAAAAAGCUUAACUGGAAUGACAUGUACGAGGAAGCACUGAAAUUACUCCAGGAUCACAGAAAUGUCGACGCACACCCAAAAAUAUCAGCCAAAUCACUUCAAGAAGCGGCAGACACAAUGGAGGCCAAAGGUAACCUCAAAGGAUGGAUCUCUAGAGAAUGUAUCGAUGUUUUGAUUGUUAUGUGGAAGCAACUACAGUCAGCAGAAUAGCAGUCCAUGCAAAGGACUACCUAAAUUCAGUUAUAAGAAAGCAUAUAGUGUUACAAAAUCGGCAGUGAAAAAAAUCUUAGGCAAAACAUUAUAUACGAGGGAAAUAUAACUUUUAAGGGCUGUUUGUAGAGAUAUUUUUGUUUAUUUGCAAAGACAUUACCAGUUUCACAGGCUAACAUUUUAAAAUGUAAAGAAGCACAGGCACUAUACCUAUACCUCUGAACUUGAACUGUACUAUAUGUAUCAAUCUGCUUGGAAUUUGGCCGGAGACCAUCCAAGAGGCAAACCCUUUUUUUUUUCGCUGCGGAAAAUCAACGGCCCUCCGACAUUUUGUAACGGUCGAGGGAGCUGCUGACUUAGACUGCCGGAAUCAGGAAUCACUCAAAAACUGUCCAAAAGAGUUCAACAAAUGCUUGAACGUUGCCGCGGAAGUUGAUUUAUAUAGCUCAAAUGAAUAUCCUAGUUAUACCAAU